AUUAUUUCAUACAUUGAAAGUCACUCGUUCUAUUUGUAAAGUCGUAAAAAUCAUAGUAAAAUUCAAUCACCAUGCGAGCUUUAAAAAAUUUUCGGUUACUUUCGAGCGCCAUUAUUAUUUUUUUUAUCGUGAUUAUCGCUGCAGCUUCUCCUUUUCGUGCCAAUCCUCAAGAUCAUUCGACAAAUUUGCCUGAUUUGAGGGAUGAAGAACCCGAAGAAGAAGACGUUUACAGAUUACCUAACGACGUGGUGCCAGUUUCUUAUGAAUUGAAAAUAGCUCCAGAUUUAACCAACUUCAGAUUCGCUGGACAAGUGAAUAUAACCGUUCACACCGAGUUUACAACUGACGAGAUAAUUUUGCAUAGUAAAAAUCUCAACAUUGAAAACGUAACAAUAAGACCAGCCCAAUGCUUUGGCAAUGCAACAAUUCCAAUACCUGUAACCCACACGUUGGAUGAGAAAAAUGAAAUCAUCGUCAUAAAAAAGACCAGUGGCAAAUUUAAAUCCGAUAGUAAUUAUCAAGUAUCGAUUAAAUUUCAAGGAACGUUGGCAAUAACUGAAGAAGCAGCAUCUCCGGAAGGAUUUUAUCCUACUUCUUAUGAAAUAAAUAACGAAACACGCUGGUUAGCGAUAACACAAUUUGAAGCUAUCAACGCCAGGAAAGCUUUCCCAUGCUUUGACGAACCUCGUUUCAGAACUCCUUUCACUAUUUAUCUAGCACGUUCGAAAAAUCAUAUCGCUAUUAGUAAUAUGCCAAAUGAAACAACAGAUCUACUUCCUGCUGAUUCAAUGAGUAAUGGUCUCGGAUACGAGAAAUUUCAGCCAACUCCACCCAUGCCGACGUAUUUAGUCGCUUUCUCAGUAUCAGACUUCGAAUUACUGGAAGAUCCGAAUCAAGAUCGAAGAAUACGCGUGAUUACCAGACCAAAUUCCAUAAAGAAAGCCUCAUACGCUUUAAAUCAAGCCUCUAGAUUGCUGCCAUACUUUGAAGGAUACUUUGGAGUUCCAUAUCCUUUACCCAAACUGGAUAUCGUAGCCGUGCCAGGUUUUCCAGGUGGAAUGGAAAAUUGGGGAAUGACGACUUAUGGCGAACAAUUUUUGAUUUUGGAUGAUGAGCAUAAUGAAGACCAUAAAAUGGAUAUAACCACAAUUUUAAGUCACGAAUUAUCCCAUUUAUGGUUUGGAGAUUUGGUAACACCUGCCUGGUACGAUUACUUAUGGUUGAAAGAAGGAUUCGCAUCUUACUUCGAACAUUUCACGACUGCAGUGAUCGAACCCACUUGGAAUGUAGAUGAGUUUUUCGACAUUCUGGAAACGCAACAUGUUCUCACAGAGGAAAAAAACUUCAAGCGUGCAGUAACAUGGCCAAUUCGAAAACGUGAUGAUAUUGAUAACUCGUUCGACACUAUAAGUUACUAUAAAGGCGGAGUUUUGAUCAGAAUGUUUGAACAAAUAUUUUCUACGAAAACAUUUAAAAGCGCUCUGCAUAGGUUUUUAGAGGACGGGCAACGAAACCAACAAGGUGUAGUGGGGCAGAAAAAUUUAUUCGAUGCAUUCGACGAACAAGUAGAACUCGAUUCAUUGUCACAUCUUCCUCCUCAUGUAUCCGCAUCUGAUAUAAUGAAAACAUGGAGUGAAAAUACAGGAUAUCCUCUGAUCACUGUGACUCGUUCUUAUGAACGCGGAGAAAUUAAUAUCACACAAACUCCCUAUCCACUACUAAAUAAGACCACUGACAAUCAAUACUAUGAUCAAAAAUGGAUUGUCCCUUUGACUUUUACAACAAAGUCACAACUGCAGUUUUCGAACGUUCAACCAAUUCAUUGGUCAUUUGCUGAUGAGCCGACGAGAUUAACCAGAUUUAAUGAAUCAGAGUGGAUUUUAUUCAACUUGAAACGAUCAGGAUAUUACAGACUAAAUUACGACUCGAAAAAUUGGCAACUUAUAACCGAUCAAUUGAACGAGAACCAUACAAAAAUACACGAGUAUAAUCGAGCUCAGUUAAUAGAUGACGUGUUCACUUUGACCGAAGAUCAAUUAAUCGACUGUGAAAUAGCUCGUCGUUUACUGAAAUAUUUACGAAAUGAAUCGAGUAUUUUACCCUGGUAUCCCGCCUCUGAAUGGUUUUUGAAAUUGAUAUCCAGUGAAGCAACAAAUUCUACGUCUCAGCAAACUCUCAAAAAUCAACUGAAAUUAUUCCUCAAAGAACCAUUGAAAAAUAUCGGAUGUGAAUCAUCAACGGAUAAUCGAAUUACGCGAAUUGUAAAAGCACGAUUUUCGGAACUUUUGGAAACAGUUGGUAUAAAUAAUUGUGCAGAAAAGUUAUCACAAAUGUAUCGAAAAAAUUACAAUAAUGUCACCCAAAUUCCACAAAAUUUAAAAUCUGCAGUAUUUUGUAAUGUUUUACGUUACACUAAUGACACCAGAAAAAAUUUCGAACAUUUAUGGCGUAGCUACCGAAAAAGUAAUAAAAUCUACGAAAAGAAACAAAUCCUAGAAUCGAUUUUUUCCUGCACAAAGGAUGAAGAAAUUCUUAAGAGCAUUUUAUCAAAAAUAAUCGAUCCAAAAAAUAAAGAAAUUUCUCAGCAAGAUGUAUCGUUCAUUUUGAAAGAUUUCCCUUCAGAAAUACCAACGGUCACAGCAACUAUUAAAUUCAUCGAUGAAACAACUCCUAUUUUACACAACCUUGAUGGAUAUAAUGUCAGAUUUUUGAAAAGUUUAUUGAAUUCGAUCAAUUCAAAAAUCCAAACUGAAGACCAAGUGAAGCUGAUCCAAAAUUUGGAAAUCAAAUUUGAGUCUUCAAAACUGAAAAAAUACGCCGAACAUACCAAGAUGGUAAAAAAUCUGCGCAUUAAUGCUGAGCAAAAAAUCAGAGAUCAUACUGAAUUUAUGAACCGGUUUUCAAAUGAAUGUUUUUUAUUGGAUGAAGACGUGGAUUCUACGAAAUGAGUUGCAAUCUCAAAUACCCUACAAAAUUCUCUUCUGAUUUUUAAAUGAUUUAUGUCCUACCUAAUACUCCUAGGUAAUCACCUACUUUGGACUAUUUAAUGUAAUUUUUAAUUUUUAUUGACAUAAUUUUCCAAGUUUAAAAUAAAUAUUCAUUAGUUUGUA